AUGCUUGGCUCACCAGUGGAAGUGCGGUACGACGAUGGUGUAGUGCUGAUACAGACCGAUGGCGGCGGACCAGCACGUGCCAGCGAUGGCGGCGAUGGGGCUACUGACGCACAGGACGCGAACCAAAGCAGCAGCCAGGGAAGCAUUGCUGCCACUUCAGAGUCGUCUAGAAGCAUCAUAAUUCGAGAUGGGCGUAGAAUAGAAGGAUGCGGCUCAAUAACGAUCGUAACAACACCUAAUAAUUUAAAAAUUAGCAUAAACACUAAAAGAUACGAUCGACAGAGUGCAUUUCAGGCAGCAAAACGGACCCUUGCGAACGAUCUGCGGAAUAAGUUGGGCGAGUUGGACGAGUUACUGAAGGCGUCGUGUGAUAACGAUGAUGGUAUCCAGCGUGGUGAACCAUCAGCCGGCAUGCGAAGCUCACCAGUAACUAAAACCCACCCAAACGUCACCACUAGCAACGGAAUGGAAGAAAAUUUCGGAACGAUUAGUGUGACGGAAACCGCUGGUGCGUGUAGCUUAGAUACGUUGCAAGAGCCACUAUGCUUGCUAGACGAUGUACUCGUACGGGCCACUAACGAAACUGAAAUCUUCUAUCUAGGCACGGUUGUUGAUCUAGAACCCAAUCGCGACUGUCUGGUGCGGUUCGGUGAUGCGACCAUGCGGCGAUUCUCCCGCUCUAGCAUCACACGGUGCAACGGAAACGAUCGGCAACUAGGGAGCAUCACACAACCAGUGACGCAGAAUGGUGACGAACGGCAGCUGGACCAAAUCGUAUCGCAACCUCCACUGCUUCGAUUUCCGCCGGAGUUCUUUUCGAUGGUUUCUAUCACGCAGCUGCCGUACGAUUUAAACAAUCUGAAAUGGGAUGCGAGCCAUCGGGUUAAUACGACCGGCAACUAUUGCUACUGCGGUAAUGAUGGCGAUUGGGCGCGGGAAAUGUUACAGUGUCGCCGCUGUGAGCAGUGGUUCCACGGGCGGUGUGUGCGUAGCUUACAGUUUCCUAUUUUCCACGGCGACACAUUCUACGUGUUUAUUUGCUCGAUCUGCAACCAUGGGCAUGAGUUUGUGCGUCGGCUUGUGGUCAGUGCCAGUAACCUAGCACAUCUGGUGCUGUACAACCUCAUCAUGCGUAACGGUCGCCGGUUCUUCAGUUUACGCACGGCGAUACUGCCCUACAUCGAGGAUAAUCAGCGUACACUGCAACUUUCAGAUAAAUUUUUGAAACUCUCCACUAACGAGAGAGCGGAUCUGUUGCUUAAUACAUUGAAGUGCAACAAGAAUCGAUUCUAUAACGGCAAGGAUUUUAACCUGUCGUCUCAAUUGUGGUCUCUGAAUCAACCCUUACCACCGCCGGUUGAACCAAUCACCAUUCCGAUACCACCGGACGAAACUGUAACAGAAACAAUACUGCAACAAAAGCUGGAAAAUACGGAACAUUUUCGGUUUCUGCCAAGGGUCUACCAUGAAAGAAAUUAUUUCAUGGAUGGCGCCACUCGCGAACGGAUGGUCGGCUUACCUUACGCCAAUCAUCCAGAAUCCGUCGAGGAUCCACGGACGGAAUUUUGUUUCCUUGGCGAAUUCUUUUCGUCCACACCGGCAUCAACAUCAAAACAAUCAACCAUAAUCGAUCCACCUUCUGGGGCAGCGUCAUCAAAACCACCAGCAUCGUUGGCACAAUCACCGGCUGUUUCCAGCGAUGGGAGUAAUCGACGAGUCGGUGCGAGCCGACGCAAGCGUUGGGGCAUCCGACCCACUCCGGUAACAAUGCUGAUGCCAAGCGGCGGUCUGGACAAAAUAAUACCACCACCAUUAAAUUUCGACGGGCCCAAUAAUCCUUUCUAUGAGGAGGAUUCUACAACAUCGGUAUCGACCAGCAACGGGCGUAUGCGGUACGCCUACCGCAAGUUGGGCACCAUGAAACGCCGCGCAUGUGAUGACAGUCAACCCUACAUGUCGAGCACAAAACGACGUAAAAUGGGACACUCGGGUAGCUCGUCUUUACGGAGUGCUGCUAAACCGCGUAUCCGUCCCAUGCGCAAAAGGGCACUAUCCGCUGUGGCGGAAGAAUCACUCGAGGAUGUUUCAUGGGACAAUGUACAACGUCACUACAACAUUGAGCCCAUUAUGAACGGUGGAAACUUGUACUUACAGCGGCGUUCGUGCGCAACUGGCUCCUCUUCUUCGGGUAUGGCCGAGCAAGCGGAUGCGACGGUUGCUGCCGGCCAGGUUAGUUCGGAGGGCUCAAGUAUUGAUAUAAAACCGUUAGCGAGCGGCCGCCGAACGUCAGGCCGGCUGAUAGCGCUCAGAAACCAAAACUAUUCCGAAAAGCGCAACUACAAGCGGCGCCGGAGCCAGGAUACGGUGGAGCAGCCCGACGGCUCUGAUGUAUGGCACCGCCGACCCAAGUCGGGCACCGUGACCACCACCACCGACGACACCGAUCAGUCUUACGGCGAUCGAGUGUCUCCAUGUAGUUUUUCAACGAGCGGCCAAAGCAACUCGUGUGAGCUGCGAAAAGCAUACUCACAGCGAACUAAGUUUUUCACAACACCGGCUAAACAACAGCAGGAGGCCAGCUCUGCGACAUGUACUGUGGUCGGCCGGCGCAUUCUCCCUGACGGGAAGCAGGAAUUUUUGAUCGAGGAAACAAACUGA